AUGCUACACCCCCUCUUCCUCUUCCUCCCUCUUGUAGGAUUGUCGGGGGGACAGUCGGAGGGGUGCCAGGACUACCUGGGCGGCAGGCUCACAGGGGACCUCUGCGAGGACCUGUGUGUGGCGGGGAAGCUGCUGUACCAGCGCUGUCUGUACUACGACAGGGGCAAGAAGGUGCUGCAGGCCGAAUGGCGUGGCCGGCCCGUCGUGCUCAAGUCCAAGGAGGAGGCCUUCUCCAGCUUCCAGCCUCUCGGCCUGCUGGACGGGGCAGAGGAGCGUGGCCAGGACGUCCCGGAGGCAGAACUCCUCCUGGUGGUGGCCGGGGAGGUCAGGAGCACCCUGGGCCUACAGCUGUCCAAUGGCAGCCUGGGGCCCCUGUGGCCAGGCAGGCGGGGCCCUCGGUGGCGGGGGCAGCUGGCCAGCCUGUGGUCCUUGCUGCAGCAGGAGGAGUUUGUCCACUUCAGCUUGCUACAGGACCUGAGCCACCAUGUCCUGCCGGUGCUGGGCUCCUGUGGCCACUUCUAUGCAGUGGAGUACCUGGCCGCCGGCAGCCCCCGCCACCGGGCUCUCUUCCCGCUGGACCAGGCCAUGGGCACCCAGGCCCAGGCCGUCUGCAACAUCGCGCUCAGCUUCCUGGACAUGGUAAAGCAUUUUGACAAUGACUUUUCCCACCACCUCCACCUCUGCGAUGUCAAGCCCGAAAACUUUGCCAUCAGGAGUGACUUCACAGUUGUGGCUAUUGAUGUGGACAUGGCCUUUUUUGAACCUAAAAUGAGGGAGAUUCUUGAACAAAACUGCACGGGAGAUGAAGACUGCAAUUUCUUUGACUGUUUUUCCAAGUGUGAUUUGCGAGUCAACAGGUGUGGAGCACAACGGGUCAACAGCAACCUGCAGGUGGUGUGUGACAAGAUAUUCCGCCGCUGGCUGUCCCCAGCGCUCGAGAGCUCGGCCGUGUCCCUGCGGCUGCGGCGGCGGCUGCGGGCGGCGGUGCGCGGGUGCGCAGACCUGGGGGGUGAAUCUGAUGCACAUUCCCUGCCUGGAGGCUGGCCGCCUCUUAUAGGAGAGGUGCGCAUCGCAGAGAGCCUUCCCGCGGUGCAGCUCAGCAAACGGGAGAUGCUGGAGUUACUCCCAUUUGACCUGGAGCAGACGAGGUUUAAGGACCAGUUGACCUUGACUCCUGUCCUCAAGCCAGAGGCACGUGGGACCAGGCCACUGGCCCAGACAGUGGCUCUGUCUGAGCCUUUGGCUGCCUGUCUGCGGCAGAGGGAAAGUGCCAUGCUGUCCCAUGCGGCUGGGAAGCACACCCCUGAAGACGGCUCCCAGCUACCUCUCACUGUCAGAAGAGGAGCCCGAAGCUCAAGGCCCCCUGAGCAUUUCCAGCCUUCUUUCUUUGAUGCUGUUUUCCUUCUCUUUGAUCACUUCUCCUUGUCUCCUCGCCAGCGUCUGGAUGUUCCUUUGAAGACAGGAAGAUGA